AUGUCAAGUUCGUCGUCGUGUGCUAAGCCGGAAUUUCAAAGUGGACAAGAUGUGUCGGGGUAUACGGUAGGUGCUACUGUUCUACAGUAACCCAAUUCUAUGGGAAAAUGGCUACAGAAUGAGACCAAAUUUGAGGGGGUUACUGUAUUUUUCAAGGUCUAAAAGUCAAUUAUAGCAAAUGCGCUCUAUUGAGAAUUUUGAAAAUAUUCAAAAAAUUCGAAUUCUUAUUUUUUUUUCUUUAGACUACAGUGACCCGGUCAUGUUUGGAGUCAUUUUGAAGCUUAUCCCUUCUAGAUUUCAAAUUUCGAUUUCAGAUCGUCGGAAAACUCGGGUCAGGCGGUUUCGGCGCCGUCUACCACGUCAAAAAAGACGCCCUGCAAGCCGCGCUCAAAACCGAAUUCGUCGUCAAAGAAUCGUCGCAAACGCUCAAAAACGAGGUGCACAUUCUUCGUCUCAUGCAAUGGUCGCCGCAUUUUUGCCGUCUCUACGCCGCCAAACGAUUGACGUGGCAAGACCAGAAGGUCAACAUAAUGGUGAUGAGUUUGUGCGGAAGACCGUUGAGUAGAUUGAGACGAAUGAUGCCGCAGAGGCAUUUUACGCGCGAAACUGCCGCAAGGCUCAGUUUUAUGAUUUUGAAGGUGGGAUUUUUGAGCUCGCCGUGGUUUUUUGACCCGGAAAAGUGGUUUUUUUUUACCUGGGAACUAACAUGAGCAAUGUUUUCCCCGGGAAACCUUGAAAUUUCUAACAUGAGCAAUGUUUUCCCCGGCAAACCUUGAAAUUUCUAACAUGAGCAAUGUUUUCCCCGGGAAACCUUGAAAUUUCUAACAUGAGCAAUGUUUUCCCCGGCAAACCUUGAAAUUUCUAACAUGAGCAAUGUUUUCCCCGGGAAACCUUGAAAUUUCUAACAUGAGCAAUGUUUUCCCCGGCAAACCUUGAAAUUUCUAACAUGAGCAAUGUUUUCCCCGGGAAACCUUGAAAUUUCUAACAUGAGCAAUGUUUUUCUACCAAUCUCAAGGUCAGGGGAUCGAUUCCGGGUGCCGGCGAAGAUUUUUUUCAAUUUUUUUCCUACAAACCCAGCAAUAUUUGGUGUCAUUCGAAAGCCUAUGACGUGGCAAAAAUGAAUUUUGCAGGCUCUCCACGAUCUCCAUCAAAGUGGAAUUCUUCAUCGUGACGUCAAAGCGAGCAAUUGCGGUUGGCACGAGCCAACUCGCCAAAUAAUGCUCUUCGACCUCGGCUUUUGCCGCAAAUUUUUGGACAAGGAUCCGAAGACCGGCAAACUGAAACAUCGUGAAGCGCGAAAAUCUGCCGGAUUCAUUGGAACCUCGAAAUUUUGCAGUGUUUAUGCGCACGACGAGAAGGAUCAGGGAAGACGUGAUGAUUUGUGGGCGUGGCUUUACACGACCGCCGAGUUUUUCUUGGUGCGUUGGGUUUUUGAUGAAAUUUGGAGCAUUUUGAGCCCAAACAUGAUAUAUUUUGAGAGAAACUGGGUACUGUAGAAGGUCCCACCACGAAAAUUGGUCUCCACGUGGGAUUCUGAUCAUUUUGACACCAAACAUGACGUGGUUCUGACGAAAUUACGAUUUUCGUGGUGGGACCCUUAGUUAAAGGGGGGUACCGUAUUUUUAGAUGUUUCACAGAAGAUAGGCGUGUGAGGUGUCAAAAUGCUCCGAAUUUUUUGUAGAUCACGAAUCUGCUCUGGGGUUUUCGCUUUGAGACCCGGAGGUACUGUAGGGGUAACCAAAAUCGAGGGGGGUCAUCUUUUUUCCCCAAAAUUACAUAGAAAUGUGUUGUGAGGUGUCAAAAUGCUCCAAAUUUUAUGUAGAUCACGAAUCUGCUCUUGGUUUUCGCUGUGAGACCCAAAAAAUUUAGAAUACUGUAGGUCUGCCGGAAAACCGAGGGGGGGUCAUCUUUUUUUCCAAAAAGACGUAGAAAUGUGUUGUGAGGUGUCAAAAUGCUCCGAAUUUUAUGUAGAUCACGAAUCUGCUCUGGGUUUUCGCUGUGAGACCCUAAAAAUUUAGAAUACUGUAGGUCUGCCCGAAAACCGAGGGGGGGUCAUGUUUUUUCCAAAAAUUACAUAGAAAUGUGUUGCGGGGUGUCAAAAUGCUCCAAAUUUUAUGUAGAUCACGAAUUUCGCUGUAAGACCCGAGAGGUACUGUAGGAGGUCAUGUUUGGUUUCAAAAUGCUCCAAAUCACCUUGUGAAUAUUUUUGCAGGGCUCACUUCCAUGGUCCAACGAGGACAACAGUCAUCUCGUCAGCACUCAAAAGCACAAAAUCAGCAACAAACUGUUCCUACGUUGCCCGCGUGAAAUCUACACCAUCUUCAACCACGUCAAACAGCUCAAAUUCGACUCGUGUCCCGAUUAUCCAAUGAUGCUCAAAGAGUUUCAAAACAUGUUGACACGUCUCCAAAUUUUCGACGAGGAGGUUUUCGAUUUCGAACCCGGCUCUGCUUAUUAUGAGCAAUACUAUGCGAAUCGUCAGACUGAUUCGGAAUGUGAAGAUUGUCAAAUGUUGACGACGGAUUUGGAGACAUCGGCAUCGACUGGCGAGCAAACGAAAGCCAGUCGAAUUGUUGAUGUCGAUCCGGCACCGGCGUUGAAUGAAGUAGUUGGAGCGGGAGCAGGAGCAGGAGCUCAGGAGGCUGUGAUCACUUUGAAUUCGUCGAAAAGUAGCGAGAAGGAUGGAGGAGUUCAGAGAUUGGCGGCCGGAUUGAAUCGCGCUUUUAAUCGGAUUAUUGGAAGUUAGUGGGUUUUGGGGGGGGGGAGGGUUAAUAUGAGCAAUAUCUUGAAUUUUCCAAAACGAUUUUUUAACGUCUCAAAUAGUUACUAAAUAAGUUUUAGUGCCAACUUAAGGCUGAAAAUCAAAUUUUCAGACCUCGAAAAAUUUUACGAAUUUUCCGGUUCAAAAAAUCCGAAAAUUUUUCCGUUUUCCGGUUUUAAAUUUUCCGGCACAGGCUUGAUAUGAGCAAUAGCUUGAAUUUUUCCAAAAACCGGAAGAAUUUAAAAUGAGCAAUGGUUUGUUUAGAAUGAGCAACUUGAAAGUAGCUAAUCUGAGCAAUAUCUCAAAAUUUUCCAGAAACCGGAAGAAUUUAAAAUGAGCAAUGUUUUAACAUGAGCAAUGAGUAUUUUAAUUUGAGAAAUUUCCAAAAAAUGUCUAGUAUGAGCAAUUUCAGAAAUAGCUCAACAAAGUAAACCUGAGCAAUUCUUUCAAAAACAAAAAAAAACCUUGAAAACCCUCUAACCUGAGCAAUGUUUGAUUUUUGCAGAUGAAUAA